AUGCCUGGAGCCCAAGUGGCGCCAGUUAUUGUUGAACAAACUGCUGUAAGUCACUUUUUUGCAUUUUUGAUAUAAAACGUAUGAUGUUUUAUACACUUUCGUUUUAUAAAAUUAAAUUUUAAUGUUAUUUCAAUUUGAAAAAUCUAAAUUUGGACUUUUGUUGAGUGUGUGUUAAACGGCAUUCUUGGGCUGAAAAAGCAAGUUUUAAGAGGUAUUUUGGAUAGGUUAUAGAUUGGAAAUGACAUUUUAUAAUUUAUUUUUGUUUUUCAAUUUAAACUUUUUGCCGUUUUGAAGCUUAAAAGUUAAACUUUAGGCUGUUUUUGGGCUGAAAACGCUGAUUUUUAAGAGUUUUUGGGCUAACAAACCUAAUUUUAUAUUAUUUUUAGGCUUCAAAAGUUAAAUUUUAAUUAAGUUAUAAAUUGUAAAUGUCAUUUUAUAAACUUUUUUGCUUCAGAAUGUAAAUUUUUGCCGAUUUUAAGCUUAAACAGUUGGAAUUUACGCUAUUUGUAAACUAAAAACCUCAUUUUAGGCCGCUUUUAAGAUUACAAGACUGACUUUAAACUCUUUUUAGUUUAAAAAAGCUAAUUUUAGUCAGGUUAUAGAUUGAAAAUGACAUAUAUAAACACUUUUUACAUUCAAAAUUGAAAAAAUCUAUAAUUUUUAGCAAAAACCAGUCCGAUUUGGCCUAAUUCGAACGCUUCGCAACAAUUUACAUUGGAAAUGUUUCGCUUCGACGUUUUUGAUCGAUGCCUGCUUCGCCUAUGUUGGAUGGUGCCACAUCAAGCCUUAUAUCUACAUAAAUGAGCCUGAGUUGAGGUAAGGAAUAUAAACAUGAUAAAUGGCAUUUUUUUCAAUUUUCGGGUGAGUCAAAAAAUUUAUGGAAAAAUCCACAGGGGGGGACCAAACUCACUUGUAAAGGUGCGUUCUGUGAACUUUUUGACCGGCUUGAAAAACGUUUUAAAAUGACUUUUCUAGGUAUACAAACAUCAUAAAUGAAAUUUUUUUCAAUUUUUUGGAAAUUCAAAAAAUUUAUGGAAAAAUUUACAGGGGGGGGACCAAGCUCAAUUUUAAAGCUGGGUUCUAUGAAUUUUUUGACCGAUAAAAAACUUUUUUAAAAUUAAUUAUUUAGAUAUAAAAUACAAGUUCUACGUACUUUUAGACCAUAUUUCUUUCAUUUUAUUUGUUUUUCUACGAACUUUUUGAUCUUUCAGUAAAGCCCACGGGCCCUGUGCCAAUGCCUAUCGCUACGUACCUCUUGGAUUUGCCGGUCUACUGUACAUAAUAUACCUAUUCGAAUGCUGGCACAACCGAAGCAAACUCAGCUGUAUACAAAGAGGUACUGUAACACAACUGUUGGAUCAAAUCGACCGGUUGAGGACUUCGACACCGGUCGUUUGGUGGAAAAGCAUCUGUUAUCACUAUAUUCGGAGGACGAAGCAUGUUACUAGGUAAGAUUUUUUUUGAGAUUAAGGGUUGUUUUUUAGAGUAUGGUUGAUUUUCCACAGGGUUUUUUUCAGGGCGGGGUGGAUUUUAAAGGUAGGAUGGAUUUUUUAAAAAGAGGCGAGUUUUUAAAAUAGGGCUGAUUUUAAAAAAAAGGGAAGAGGGUGCUAUUUAGGGCAGGGUAGAUUUCUUCAUGGUGGGGCAGUUUUUGUAUGGUGGGGUAGUCUAGGUUAGCGUAACGUAGGGUAAGGUAGGGUAGAAUAGGAUAGGAUAGUGUAGGGUAGGGUAGGGUAGGGUAAGGUAGGGUAGGGUAGGGUAGGGUAGGGUAGGGUAGGGUAGGGUAGGGUAGGGUAGGGUAGGGUAGGGUAGGGUAGGGUGGGGUAGGGUAGGGUAGGGUAGGGUAGGGUAAGGUAGGGUAGGGUAGGGUAGGGUAGGGUAGGGUAGGGUAGGGUAGGGUAGGGUAGGGUAGGGUAGGGUAGGGUAGGGUAGGGUAGGGUAGGGUAGGGUAGGGUAGGGUAGGGUAGGGUAGGGUAGGGUAGGGUAGGGUAGGGUAGGGUAGGGUAGGGUAGGGUAGGGUAGGGUAGAUGAAAACUAAAAAAUUGUACUUUAAGAUACCGUAACGGAGAUGCAGUGUCAGCAACCCAAGUAUACUAUGAACGUGUCAACUCUCACACUUCUGGCAAUGUCUUUAUGUACGAUGUUUGUGGAGUAAAAGACAUUUCUAAAGACGUAUAUGAUGUUGAUGACUUUCCUGUGGUAAAAGUCAGAUUCAGCAAAGGAUUUGUGUUUGCUUGUGUUCAAGCGGCUGAUGAGUUUGAAGAUCAACGGACACGGUUCUUCAAUGAAAAUGAACUACGGGACGAUUAUAUGGAGGCAAGUUAUUGUACCCUACCCUACUUUACCUUAUCCUACCCUACCCUACCCUACCAUACCCUACCCUAUUAUACUAUGUCUUAUUCUAUCCCCCUUUACAAUACUUCGUUUUGCUUUAUCUAGCCAUGAUCUGCCGUAUUAAAGCCUCACUGUUCAUUGUUUAUUGUAACUGGGGUACCAUACUCAUGAAAGAACACCAUACCUAUAGUUGACCUAAAAAAAGCCCGAUCGAGUUUCUUCCCAUUCAAUAUGCCAUCAGACCAAGACAAAUAUGAAACGCUGGGCCGGCUUGCGUGAACCUGACGGAACCGGACCUAGGUGGCUUAAACCAAUGCCCCAAGGGAACCGCUUAGAACCACUGAUCUCAAAACUUACUGUACCAGUGCCCUGACAUAGUUUUUUAAAUAAAAAAAAUUUUCAAUAUAAUUUUCCAGGUUCGAGAAGGCCUCGACUUUGCAGAAACCCGUUUCGUUGAGCGAAUGUUGAUAUUCGCUGAUGAAAACAAGAAACUGCCAUUUUAUAUGCGACCCGGGGUUUAUUGGACGUUCUGUUGUUUUUUAAUGGGUUGGCCAUUGAGAGUGUUUAUCGACUGGCGAACGGCCCACCUACAUUAUCAGGUCACCAAACUGUUUGGUACCAACUAUCUCAGGUUGGUUUUGCGCGCCAUUCUUUUUGCAUCAAGAUAAAAACCCCAAUUUUAAAAAAGAUUUUGAGAUACGCCAUUAUUUUUGCAUCAAAAUUGAAAAUUUGGUAAAUGCGCCAUUCUUUUUGCAUCAAACAUAGAAAUAAAGUGAAAUACGCCAUUCUUUUUGCAUCAAAGGUAAAAAUUUGGUGAAAUGCGCCUUUUUUGCAUCAAAAUUAAACAUUCGACCUUUUUUGAAAUUUUUAAUUUGAAAAUGACAUUUUCAGUCCAUCAAGCCUAAACUACACUGGACCUUUAACUCGUGCUUCCACCAUCGAUACGAUUGAUCUCGAACGUGCUCAUCAACAAAACUACCUCAUCGUGCCUAGCUACUCCGAAGCCGUUCUCAUGGAUCCUAUUCCUAAUAACGUAAGCUUAAACUACGUCUUACUUUAUAACUUAAGCCUAAAUCAUCUAUAUUUUAAAUAAUAAGGCCUUAAGUAAGCCUAAAACAUCUAUAUACCUAAUAUUGAGGCUUUAGAUAAGCCUAAAGUUAAGCCUAAAGUUAUAAAAAUGAAUGUUUUCAGUACAACUCAUCGAUUCGAAUCCGCCCAACCAAUAAUAACGAACAGACGAUCAUUUCCAAUUAUGGUGCUAUAGGUGAAGAUGAUAACAAUAAUGGCGACUUUUACAUGUACAGUAGAGAUUUGAAUCGGAAUAUUGUGCCUAGAAGUCGAUCUAUGUCGUCUUCUUUUAAGUAAGUACAUUAGCCCGGCUUGCCUUCCCCCGAGCACUACCUUACCGCAUCUAAUCUUACAAUACCUUUUCUUGCCUUUGCCCUGCCUUGUCUACCCUCCUUUAGCAAUGCCCUAGUCCUGCUCUAAAUGUGGUCCUGCAUGCCUGCCUUACUACCUUAUCCUACCCUAUCCUAUCAUACCCUACCUUUCACUCAAGUUAAUCUUAUAAAAAUUUCAGAUCCAGAGACUUCUCAACCCCAAUUCCAUCGGCCAAUCCACCGCCAUUACCUAGACCAUCUCAUUUCCCACCUCACAUUAGCUUCGGCAUUCCUCCACCCAGAUCGUUGUCAAUAUCUGGCACAUUCAAUGAUCAUAUAAACAGUCCUUACAACAAUAAUGAUGAACAACAGAGUCUGCUGAAUUCGUCGAGGGUAAGGUUUGAAAUUUUACUUUCUUUAAAGACUUUAGGCUUAAACUGAGUAAUCAAAGGUUUAAGCUCAGUAGAGUAACUAUGCUCUAAAAAAGCAUGUUUCGGGUUUCAGAAACUGUAAAAUAUGACAAAAUGUUAAAUCCCAAACUGUACGAUAACCUCAAAAUUGGGAGGCUUAGGCUUAGUAGGCUUAGGAGUAAGCUUAGGCUUGAUAACCGAAAGGCUUUUAAAGAUAGGUUUAAAACUGGACUUAUUAUUCUCUUCUUUUCCUAUCACUACAGUAGUCAUUACUUUCUUUCAGGAGCCCUUUGUAUCUACAGUAUUCCGUCCAAGUCCAGCCCCAAUCAACGAGCCUCCACCCCCAUAUGAAGUUGCCAUCCGAAUAUGUGCUCCAUUAUAUCAAAGAAUUCGACAAUCAGCCAAUGAUAGCAUCAGUUCGCUGCUGAACGUACUAUCCAGAUCAAGUUCGAAAGAUUUUCGAAUUCAAAAUGGGUUUGUCUACAGUAAUGUGGACGAGAAUAAUGAGGAUGACGAGGAGAAAGACAAACCAGGGUCCAGUAAAACCAGUCUGUAG